GAGAAAAGCAGGGAGAGGAGGGUCACAGAAUGACCGUGAAGGAUGGAGUUUCAAUAUUCCAGAUACUUUUAGGGCUGGAGACUCUUUGCUAGUAAGGAGACACAGGUUCCUGGCAGCCAGUUGGGCAGCGACAAGGUAAAAUGAACAGCGAGAGAAAGACGUUCCAGCCAUCUCUCUGUUACCCAGAGAUCCCGGAGCUGUUCUCCGGCCAACUCGUUUCUCAGCUAGAGUUCCUGAACGCGCUGGACCAAGAGAGCCCACGGAGCGCCUAGAAGCUGCUCCUCGGAGUUGCCUUCGCCUGAGCAGUAAGAACUUCCUGCUUGAGUCCCUGCAUCCCCUCCCCCAGAAACUCCUUGGAGAGAGGGGCGGCAGACCCCAGGGGGAGGGGCGAGGGGAUCUUUGUGCAGGUCUUUCUCCCCUCCCCCUCCCCUGCCCAGCGCGCAGGCAUGGAUGUGCUCAGCCCUGCACAGGGCAACAACACCACGUCCUCCGAAGGUCCCUUCGGGACAAACGGCAACGCUACUGGCAACUCUGACGUGACCUUUAGCUACCAAGUGGUCACCUCUCUGCUGCUGGGCACGCUUAUCUUAUGUGCUGUACUGGGCAAUGCGUGCGUGGUGGCUGCCAUUGCCCUGGAGCGCUCCCUGCAGAACGUGGCUAACUAUCUCAUCGGCUCACUGGCAGUCACCGACCUCAUGGUGUCGGUGCUGGUGCUGCCCAUGGCCGCAUUGUACCAGGUGCUCAACAAGUGGACUCUGGGGCAGGUCACCUGUGACCUGUUCAUUGCCCUCGACGUGCUGUGCUGCACCUCGUCCAUCCUGCACCUGUGCGCCAUUGCCCUGGACAGGUACUGGGCCAUUACGGACCCCAUCGACUACGUGAACAAGAGGACACCCCGGCGUGCCGCUGCGCUCAUCUCGCUCACUUGGCUCAUUGGCUUCCUCAUCUCCAUUCCACCCAUGCUAGGCUGGCGGACCCCGGAAGACCGCUCGGACCCCGACGCAUGCACCAUCAGCAAGGACCACGGCUACACUAUCUACUCCACCUUUGGCGCUUUCUACAUUCCGCUGCUUCUCAUGCUAGUUCUCUACGGGCGCAUCUUCCGAGCCGCGCGCUUCCGCAUCCGAAAGACAGUCAAGAAGGUGGAGAAGAAGAGAGCGGACACCCGCCUUGGGGCGUCACCGGCCCCUCAGCCCAAGAAGAGCGUAAAUGGAGAACCUGAGAGCAGAGAAUGGAGGCAGUGCUUGGGCAAUAGGGCAGGGGGUAUUCAGUGCACCAAUGGAGCGGUGAGACAAGGUGAUGAUGGCACAGCCCUGGAGGUGAUCGAAGUGCACCGGAUGGGCAACUCCAAAGAGCACCUGCCACUGCCCAGAGAGGCUGGUGCUGUCACAUGUGCCCAGGCCUCCUUCGAGAAGAAAAAUGAGCGCAACGCUGAGGCCAAGCGCAAAAUGGCCCUGGCUCGAGAGAGGAAGACGGUGAAAACUCUGGGCAUCAUUAUGGGCACCUUCAUCCUCUGCUGGCUGCCUUUCUUCAUCGUGGCCCUGGUCCUACCCUUCUGCGAGAACAGCUGCCAUAUGCCCACCCUCUUAGGCGACAUAAUUAACUGGCUGGGCUACUCCAACUCUCUGCUCAACCCUGUCAUUUAUGCCUACUUCAACAAGGACUUCCAAAAUGCCUUUAAGAAAAUCAUCAAGUGCAAGUUCUGCCGCCAAUGAUGGUGGAGAAGCAGCCUGGGAACGGCCCGCGCUACUCACUCAGCCUCCCGCAGCCCUUUGGAAUCAACCUAUGAUAACUUGCUACUUUGACUCUGACUUUCUCAGCGGCUCUACCUGCGGCUCCCAGACUUCGUUUCCCUCUUCUUUGCUCAGAGGGAGGGCGCUCUGUGCAAAGAGGCGCCAGCGGCGGGGCAGGGGACACGGGAAAUUUCCCGCGUCCGUAAAAAGCGACCUUGGCUCUGAUUUUGGCUUCAGAAUUAGUUUUUUCCCAACAGUUGCCUCCUCCCUUUUAUGUUCCCUAAAUUUUCGUGGCGGAAGUUUAAGACUCAGCCGUUCAGGGCAAAACAUCCACGCAGAAAAAUGAACUACACUCUGACGCUGUGCCCACUAAUGGCUCCCACCUGCUCGCUCUGCUGCUAGAAUUUGGACUUAAAGUUCAGGACUUUACUCCGUUCCUACCCCUGUCCCCACUCCCAGCUCUCUGGUCCUGAAAACGUUCACUUUCUAUUUCGGUGCCAUCCUUUCUUUCCUUUCCCUGUUUCCCUUUCAGCACUCGCUAGUCCCAGUGCACUAUUUACUACUCGGGGAAGGCGGGUCUGCUUUUCCUUGCGGCUGUGAUGAUCCCCGCAAUCCCUACCUUGACCUUCCGAGCACCGCCCUUGGGUUCUUUUCUUGGAUUCAAAACAAGUGGCCAGAAGCUGUCUCUUAGAGUGGACUUGUAAGUACAAGGCUCGGCCAGUGGGAGAGUGCGGAACGAUUAUCUCCUCUUGUUUGGCUUCAGCACUCACCAAAGAAACUGACACUCACUGGGUUGGGGGAGCGGAUUUCUGUCUGGGUGCUGGAGGGUCUCCAUGUGCUGGCUUCACGACUUACCAACUGCGAAGGCGCCCGCUGGCCACUGGGUGCGCGCUGGGGACGCCAACCGCCCGCAGCCUGGCGCGAACGCUGAGCGCGCCCGCGGACUAACCCGGACAGGACCAUUUCCCGGCCUAUAUCUCGGGACGCGGUGAAGCGCCGCUGGACCACAGUCUGGGUUUGCCAUUUCCUCCCGCGCUGGGUACCGCGGGGGUCUGGGGACCAAAAAGACCCGGAGUGCCAAAGGAGUGUCCUUGUCCGGUAUCAAAGAGGGAGGGCAUCUCAAUGUGUAAGCCGGAGUUCCAGCUGGCACUUAAAGGGUAAUUUUAUCCAAUGGAUGCAAGUUCUGCUCCUAAUUCACCCCCCUCAACCUUUUCGGAUAAGGGAAUAGCUCUGUGUAGCGUGUCCUAACAGUACACAGGAUUUGAUCUGCAGGUCGUCCAGGACUCAAAAUUACCAGGACCUUCAUUUCCAACAAGGAUUUCUAGGCUUUCAAUCCAAGGGGUCCCGAUAGGUUUAGCACUCUCCGCGCUCUGAGAGGCGGUUACCUCAAAUAUCGAGGCUGUGAAGGCCUAGCUAGGGGUGCUCUUCCCUGGGGAGUCCCUGAGAGGCUUGUACAGGGUUAACACUUGCUCCCUGGCCUGACUGUUUUUAGCCACAACUCAAGAAAACGGGCUUCUCGACCUUUGAAUUUGUGGAGCACUCCAAGCUUUCUCUCUACCCCCUCCCCCCAGAAGUUAUUCUUUCGGCCUUGCCACUCCUGCUGAGAAAUCGGUUAUAAUCAUUACUGCCCCCAGAAGGGAAGGUAUUUCGGUGCUCCGUUAGAAUGUAAAUUUCCAUCCCCGUGACCUGACUGGGAUCAAGAAGUUUGUUAUAGUGAGAUCCUCUACUUUUCUGAUGUGUAACAGUUUCGUUUUUCCAGCAAUUUCACAGUUAUUUAUUCUUACUCCCCUCUCCUUUCAACUAUACCUUUUGAAUGUUUGCAUUGCUGUUUUGAGAGCUAUGUUGCGAAAGUUGCCAGUGAAAAGUUCACUUGUGUUUAAAGUUAAGAAGGUGAAAAGACAGCUGGCUCUAUCACUUGAAGCCAUUUUAUUGUUCGUUAAACUGAACAAAGCCUGCACUUUUUCUAAGACCUAAACUGAGAGUAAGCAUUAUACCCCCUUAAAACAGGAAAAGUAUAAGAACCCUGGGAACUCAGUGGAUGAUCUAUCUAUGCAUAUGUAAUGCCCAGAAGAGGCUGUGGUGGAGAAAAUAAGGUAGACUUCUCCUGUCCAACAAUUAUUCAUUUGAAAAUUUGAUUCUUUUUCUAACAAUAAUUUAAGUAGACCUACAUGAAAACACUUUUCUGUGUCUUCCUAAAUCUUUAGAAAAAAUCCUAUAAUAUAUUUAAAAUAACUGAAGUCCAAAAUUGGCUCAUGCAAAUUAUACCUUGGCCAGUAAGUAUUACAUUUGAAGGUUUGAGACUUCUAGUUAUUUGUAUCUUUCACAGAACUAUAUGGCAAUAGGUUUUGGACAUUUGUUCUUUCUGUUCUGGAGGAUUGAUACCAGAACGGGGAAGGAGCAUCCAUUUGGACUAUAAUUGCCAAGGUAAUAGAGAAAUUUGGAAAAUGUGCAAAAGAGCUGCAUAGCAGAAAAAAGACCCUGUUUGAUGCUUUUUUUGAAGUAUUUAUAUUACGGUAAAGUAUAUAUGCAUCAAAAUUGGCUUUCACUCUUCCCUGUGACAAUAAAGGACUUGAAUAAUGGUAAUGCUACAAUAAACUGAUAUCAGUAACACAUGCAUCUUUAUUUUAAUCAGAA